GUUAUGCCAACUUCCGGUUUGAGAAUUUUUUUUGCUGGUGGAAGAAAAAUUAGUGGAAGGUUACCAAUCCAGGAAGAAAUGCCUAGCAAAAAGAAGAAAUUCAGCGCCCGGUUUCCACCAGCUCGAAUAAAGAAAAUCAUGCAAACUGAUGAAGAUGUGGGAAAGGUGGCAGCUGCGGUACCUGUACUUAUAUCUAGAGCUUUGGAGAAAUUCAUAGAGACUCUAAUAAUGAAAACCAGUGAAACCACAAAAACCAGGAAUGCUAAAACCCUAACAACAUCCCACAUCAAGCAGACCAUUUAUCAAGAGAAAAAGUUUGAUUUUCUGAAAGACCUGGUGGCAAAUGUGCCUGACCAUCAAGCAGAGGAGGAUACAGAUUCAAAUACAGGAGACUUAACAAAACGACAGAAAACACCCAGACCAAGAAAACAAAGAACAGAAGGUAGAAAGAAAAGAAAAAAGAAUUCAUCAGACAGCAACUCAGAGGAGGAAGAGAAUGAGAAUGGUUCCAGUACAGAGACAGAUGAAGAGAGUAGUCAGCACACACAGCUGUCCUCCAUGUCAGCCAUUAAUAAUGAUCAACAUCAGGGAAUUCCCUCUGCCACAUACCCAAAUCCCAUCAACUCUGGAGAAAACCCGGAGGCUAUGAUGUCCUAUCCAUCCACCAGCAGUAUGCCCAGCCAUCCAGCUUACCCUCCACCAGGCUGCUACCCUCCCCAGGGACUACCUGGUCUACCCCCACAGGGAAUGCAUAAUCCUUACUCUAUGCAAAUGAAUAAUCACAUGCCACAACAGACACAACCCCUGAAUCUGUGUAACAACCCCUCAUACAACCCAUCUAUGUACAUGUCAUCGGGUUACCCAUUUCCCUCCUCAUUAGGUUAUCCCUACCCACCUCAUAUGAAUCCUAUGCCUCCACCACACGACUCUCAUCCAGGUAUGAAUCACUCCUCAGCCACCAUGCCUGGCCCCUCCCAUCUGCCGGUCUACCCCAAGGCUCCGCCACAAUGUGAUCAAGGACAGGACUUGUCUCAAUCUAAUAUAAAUCCUAUAGCUCCCACUAUGGCAUCACAUGCAAAACAAACUCCACCCAAUUCAGCUGAAGAUGAUGAUUAUGAUGCAUGAAUGGAUUUCUGUGACCUUUCAACAUGAAUUUUAUGCAAAUUGACCUCCAAUGGGGAAAGAGAACAAACUCAGGAUCAUUUGUGAACCAUUUUAUUCUGUUGUCAUUUGAUAUAGUGUAUUGAUCUGUUAAAAACAUAAAUUGGUUAGUACAUUUGUACUUGUAACUUUGUUUUGUUUUGAAAAAAUUAUUUGUCACCUUUUGAGAUUGUUUGAUGAACUCAGUAUUUUUCACUGUUUGUUAUGUUGCCUAUAAAAUAUGCUAUAGCUACACAGGUAUACAGACGCUUAUGAUUAUAAAAGAAAUAUGAAUUUUUUAAUUUAAAAUAUACAUGUAUAUUACUUUAAAUAUAAUCCUGGGUCACCAGUGCAGCUAGUAUUUGCUUGAACAUAUUACACCAGAAACACAACAAAUGAAAUAGUAUUCUGUCUAUAGAGCUGUAUAAUAUACCAAAAUUGCCAUGGAUUUUAUCAUCUCGUCAUUUAUGAUGAAUUUUGCAUUUGCUUUAGAAUAUAAGGGAACUAAUGGUUGUAUAUUGCAUAUACUAUAAGAGUUAUUGAUUAUCAAUAGCAGUUGUGAUAUCUCCCUAUAAAGUACUUAAUCAUAGUCUUUCCAUGAAAAAUGUAUUUCAGGAAUAAAUGAAAUGUAACAUGUCAGGUGAUAAUUUGAUGAUACGAUUUCAUUUUAAAAAAACAUCACUAUCUAUUACUUGUGUGAAUGCCUGCAUUUUGACAUGUACUAAAUUGCUUAUCUUAUCAGCAUGUAUCCAUGCAAGAAAAAAAAAUGUUUAAAAAGCUUUGGAAGUCAUUAUUCUAAAUAGAGGAACAGAGUGAAACAGUGAUUUGAAUUAUCAUAUAUGUGCUACAUGAAUAAGACCAAGACUUUGAGAGUUAAUAUGGACUACAUACUGUGUUUCCCAACAUCACCUUGUAUGAAGUCAGUACAUCUAUUUUUAACUUAAGUAAAGCUGUGUUCUGAUUUUAUUUGAUGUGUGAAUGAUUAAAGUGAUUGAACUGAA